AUGCGGACUGUCGGAUUUGUCACAGGUCUCAUUGGCGUUGCCAAUGCGGCUUGUCCCUACAUGACGGGAGAAGCGGGUGGACUGGAUCGUCGGGGCGACAAGGACGCCGUCUCUGGAACAGAAAAUUUCCUGUCCGAGUUCUACUUGAAGGACGACAACACUGUUUUUCUGACCUCGGACGUCGGCGGCCCAAUUGAGGACCAGAACAGCUUGAAGGCUGGUGAACGUGGGCCCACGCUGCUUGAGGACUUUAUUUUCCGCCAGAAGAUCCAACGAUUUGAUCAUGAACGAGUCCCGGAACGUGCAGUUCAUGCUCGUGGUGCCGGCGCACAUGGAGUUUUCACUUCCUACGGCGAUUGGUCAAACAUUACUGCGGCUUCGUUCCUGUCUUCGGAGGGCAAGGAGACGCCGAUGUUUGUUCGUUUCUCUACUGUCGCCGGUAGUCGAGGAAGUGCCGACACUGCUCGCGACGUGCACGGCUUUGCGACACGUUUCUAUACCGAUGAGGGCAAUUUUGAUAUUGUUGGUAACAACAUUCCCGUUUUCUUCAUCCAAGACGCCAUCAAGUUCCCCGACUUGAUCCAUGCAGUCAAGCCUCGUGGCGACAACGAGAUUCCCCAGGCUGCAACCGCCCAUGACUCUGCUUGGGACUUCUUCAGCCAGCAACCCAGCACCUUGCACACCUUGCUGUGGGCCAUGGCCGGUCACGGUAUUCCUCGAUCUUUCCGCCACGUUGAUGGAUUCGGUGUGCACACAUACCGACUCGUUACCGAGAAGGGUGACAGCAAGCUGGUCAAGUUCCACUGGAAGGGUCUUCAGGGUAAGGCCAGUCUAGUUUGGGAGGAGGCGCAACAGGUGUCCGGCAAGAAUGCCGACUAUAUGCGACAGGAUCUGUUCGAUUCAAUCGAGGCCGGCCGCUUUCCGGAGUGGGAGCUUGGUGUUCAAAUCAUGGAAGAAGAUGAUCAGCUUCGAUUCGGCUUUGAUCUUCUGGAUCCGACCAAGAUUGUCCCCGAGGAGCUUGUGCCUGUCGUCAAGCUCGGCAAGAUGACGCUGAACCGUAAUCCGAUGAACUACUUUGCGGAGACUGAGCAAGUCAUGUUCCAACCUGGCCAUAUCGUUCGCGGUGUCGAUUUCACCGAUGAUCCUCUCCUCCAAGGUCGCAUCUACUCUUACCUGGACACUCAGCUGAAUCGUCACGGUGGUCCCAAUUUCGAGCAAAUUCCCAUUAACCGUCCUCGCGUGCCCAUUCACAACAACAACCGCGAUGGCGCCGGUCAGAUGUACAUCCCGCUCAAUCGGAAUGCCUACUCGCCCAGCACCCUCGAUAAUGGCUCCCCCAAGCAAGCCAACGAGACUGUUGGCAAGGGCUUUUUCACUGCGCCCGGUCGCACAUCAACGGGUCAACUGCUCCGCGCUGUUAGCUCCACUUUUGAGGAUGUCUGGUCGCAGCCGCGCCUGUUCUGGAACUCGCUUGUCCCCGCCGAGCAGCAAUUUGUUGUUGACGCUAUGCGCUUCGAGAGUGCCAAUGUCAUGAGCCAAGUUGUUCGCAGCAAUGUCAUCAUUCAGCUUAACCGUAUCAGUAAUGACCUUGCUAAGCGUGUCGCCGAGGCCAUUGGUGUCGACGCACCCCAGCCCGAUCCAACAUACUACCACGAUAACAAGACCGCCAACGUCGGAGCCUUUGGUCAGAAGCUGAUGAAGCUUGAGGGUCUCAAAGUCGGCGUCCUUGCCUCCGUCACCAAUGCCUCCUCUCUUACCCAAGGCGCAACCCUCCAGGGUCAACUGAAGGACGUUGGCGUUGACGUGAUCGUUGUUGGUGAGCGCAUGGCGCAAGGCGUGAACCAAACCUACUCUGCAAGUGACGCGAUCAACUUUGAUGCCGUGGUCAUUGCGGACGGUGCACAGGGUCUGUUCAACCCCAGCUCGAGCACCGUCUCGCCCAAGGCCAAGUCCUCCGGCGCCACAUCGCUGUACCCUGCUGGUCGUCCCAUGGAGAUUCUCAUCGAUGCCUUCCGCUUCGGUAAGCCAGUCGGCUCGCUGGGCCAGGGCUCUGUCGCCCUUGAGAAUGCGCAGAUUUCCAGCGACAGAGACGGUGUGUAUGUUGGAGAUGCUGUCAAUGAGGACUUUGGCGACCAGAUCAAGGAGGGUCUGCGCACAUUCAAGUUCCUGGAUCGGUUUGCGUUGGAUGAGUGA